AUGGCGGUCGUCCGAAGCUGUCUGAAAGACACUAACUAUCCGAUGGCCAAUAGAGGACCGCCGCCCGCCUUUCCUGAUCUUCAGAUCGAUGCCGUGGACGACGACGCGGACUCGGCGCGGGAGGUAUCCACAUGCGUGCCCAGUUUGCUCAACGGUCUCGAUGCCGCCAUAACACCACUGCUGUCGACGACCCCGAUCCGGAUCACGUCCAUGGCGCUGUGGCAGGAGGAGGACUACGGCGUUCUCGCCGAUCGGGCGUGCUGGGCCAUGUUCGCCGUCACAGUAGUCGUCGUUGCGCUCCGUGUCUUUUGCAGAGCGUACUACGGCCGGGCGAGGGGCGGAGGACUCGGGCGGGACGACUACAUCACGCUCGGCUGUCUUGCCGUCUUUCUGGCAACAUGCAUCCUCAUCACGAUCGGCUCGAGUUAUGGACUCGGGAAGCAUUUCAAGGAUGUACCACCUGAGCACAUCAUCAUGGCGCUCAAGUACAACGUCAUCAUCAGCGCGGUCCUGAUCUGGACCUUCUCGUUGCCGAAAUUCGCCGUGGUCUCGACCCUUCAGCGCAUCCUGGAGCCCGGUAUCAAGACCACCGUGGCCUUCUGGGCUCUCGCGCUCUCGUCGCAGGCGUGCAUCCUGGCCACCUCUGUCUGGUGGUUCAAGCAAUGCGAUCCCGUCGAGCAUGGCUGGGACCGAAGCGUGCCGGGGAGUUGCGCGUCGGUUGAUAUUUUGGCCAACCUGGGAUACUUCACCUCGGCCUACUCGGCCUUUCUCGACUUGUUUUUCGCCGUAUACCCGAUUCCGUUCAUUAUGCGGCUCAACAUGCCGCUGAAGACGCGGAUCACGGUCGCCACGCUCCUGGGUCUCAGCUCGCUGGCCUGUGUUGUCUCGAUCUACAAACUGGCCAUUUUCGGCCAGGUUUUCCAGAUCCUGGCCGUCGAUCCCACCUACCCGGUGCCGUACCUUGAUAUCCUUGGCGUGGCGGAAGGGUGCAUUCUCAUGGUCUGCGCGUCGCUCCCAACGCUGGGGCCCCUGUAUCGCGCGGCCCGAGGCAGGCUCACGGACGGCAGCCAGGUCACGUCGCAGCGGACGGGAACGGGCCAGUUUGGCAACAGUCAAGGCUUGUCCCACGGCGGGAGUAGGAACUGGGAUAACGUUAGGGGCCACAAACUCGACUCGGACGUCGAAGCGUCAAGCCUGAACCUGCGCCCGAGCUUCGAUGCCAUCCCUCUCGUCUCCACAGCCAAGACGCACGGGGUCGCGGAUCCGGAAAGCAUGGGUAUCCACAAGACCAUGGAGGUGUCGGUCUCCUCCGAGACCUUGAAGGAGGACAGUCGCGGCCGACGUUCGCGCAGUAGCGUGUACGUUGUGUAGAAUCCUACCAGUUUCAUAAUAAUGCGUUACUAGUCUCUUCGGAAAAUCGUUA